AUGCCGACAAGCCCUGCGACUAGUUCCCAACAUGUAGACACCGUUGCCCCAAGUGAGACGUCUAAAUCAAAGUCAUCACGUUCGUCGUCCACAAUUAAAGCUCAAAGGGCAGCCGUAGAGGCCCUCGCUCUGCGCCGACGUCUUGAGCACGAGCAGGAGCUCGCUGAAAAUGAGAGGCAGCGUGAGCUACAGCUGGCCGAACGCGAGAGGCAGCGUGAGAUACAGCUGGCCGAACGCGAGAGGCAGCGUGAGCUACAGCUGGCCGAACGCGAGAGGCAGCGUGAAAGUCGACUGGCAGCACGUCGUCAGCAGGUGGAGGAGGGCGAACUGCAGGCCGAACUUGCCGCUCUCGACGCGGAAGCCGCUUCAAGUCGCAGCAGUCGCAGUGGUUCGGCCAGGAUCAGCGGAGAAAGAACAGAAAGAUGGGUACAAAGUUUAGGACAGCCAGUUUGCGUUGGCGAAAAUACAGUUAUUAGAGGCAUCCCCGCAGUAGGGCGCGAGCAAUUAGUCGUUCCGCCUCCCGGCCACCAGGCAUCUCUGCCGGCCACUGGGUCAACUGCAUCCCCUAUUAACCGUUUUUUUCACCAGAAGCAACUUUCAAACGUCACGAGGCCGUCCGAGGCGGCCGUGCUAUGCGUUGGCAAAGAUACAGGUAAUAGAGGCAUUCCCGCAGUAGGGCGCGAGCCAUUAGUGGUUCCGCCUCCCGGCCACCAGGCAUCUCUGCCGGCCACUGGGUCAACUGCAUCCCCUAUUAACCGUUUUGUUCUUCAGAAGCAACUUUCAAACAUCACAAAAGCGUCCGAGGCGGCCGUGUUAACGCGACCGCUCAUAUCCACGGAGCUUGAUCAGAGUAGCCUGCUUCAAGCUGUUGCUGACACUGCAGCUGCGGCCAAGGCGCUUGCUACUUCGCACCGUCAUAAACAUAAGAUAGAAUUGUUUCCUUUCGACGGAGACGCCUUAACAUGGCUACAUUUUAAACGUAUUUUUGAUUUAACCAAAAGCAAUUUUUCAGAUAUUGAAAAUAUUAGUAGGUUACAAAAUGCACAUCGCGGCGCGGCCCGAGAUGCAGUCGCGUCACUGUUACUGGCUACAGACGACCCGACCGAUAUAAUUAGAGCUCUGGAGGAGAACUUCGCUCGCCCUGAAACUAUACUAUAG